GCCGCGAGGCCGCCGGAGCUGCCCCGCAAUACCCCCUGUAAGAUCCCACUGCCAAGAGAGCCUUAUAAGGGGACCCAGUGUCCGGUAAUCCCAUGUGAAGUCGGCAUGCGCAGCCUGUCUUUGUAGCCCCAAGCCAAAACCAACAGUUCCUCUUGGGAGAACAGACUCGGAAACUCAAUGAUCGCGGAUCUUUAGGGGCUGGAUUGGUGUUCUUGCGUAGUGAAGUUGCAGUGCACGCAUUAGAUCACUGACUACUUACUCCGUAGCGACUGCUCGUCUGUCGCUUACACGGGCACCAACCAAGCUCCGUUACACACAGCAAUCGCCCCUCGUGACCCUGGUUCGGGUUACCAUAACCUCAAAAUACGAAGCAUAUAACCCCGGGAAACGGAACAAGCUAGGAAGUAUAGGAGAGGGAGAAGGGGAAAGCGAUGAGCAGCGGCGCCGGCCGCGCCAGCCGGAAAGGCAGUGUCGGCAGCAGCAGCGGCGGGGCUGGCGGCAGUUCCGAGACAGUCGGUACUCUCCUCGCAGCCAUUGCAACAGCACUGACGGAUGCGCUGCGCAUUCUCAUGUUUGCCGACAAGCGCCAAUGGGGGCCCGACGAGUUCGAGCAGACCCGGGUUCUCGAGCAGGCCCUGGACGGGGCCAAGAAGGACUUCCAGGAGAUGGCGCCGCUUGUGCACGGCCAGUUUUACUACGAGAACGACAGGACGGUCGAGUCCCUAGAAGAGCUGCGCCACCUCCUCACCAAAUUCGAGUUCCACUCCCAAAACUUCAAAGACUGGGCACGGCAAGGCGGGCCCAUCAACCCGACCUGGGCGCGCGAGACGGCCGAGCUGAGCGGCGAGCUCCACCGCGCCCAAUGCCGCGCUGCGCGACGCAUCUUUGCCGCCGAGCAGGAGGGCUCCCGCUGUCUGGGCUCGUUCCAGGUGUACCGGCAGCAGAAGCGCAACGAUGCGGAGCGGCAGCAGCGGCGCCGGCGCGAGAGGGAGGACGACCUGGCGCCGUGGCAGCAGCAGCAGCAGCAGCAGGUCGAGGAGGACGAGGAGGCCCGCCAGAGAGGAGAAACCACCCCCGGCGGGCGGCGGCGGUCCAACAGUCUGGAGGAAUUGGUACCCGUAUGCAAUGCGGUUGGAAGGUGGCAGCGGCUGGGCGGAGGGACCCACGACGCCGCGUUCGUGUGCGACUUUUGCGGCGGGUUCAUCGUGUGGCCGGAUCUAGGGAGCAUGCCAUCGGCGAGGACACCGAUCGCCGCGGCGGGAUACCCCCAUUGGCAGGCCAAGGGGUUAAGUGCGACGACGGGCGAAGAGAAGACGAUUGUGUUUGCGCCGCUGGCCAUAGCGAAUCAUGUAGCGCCCGAGCCGGGGGAGUGGCAGGCGGGUUUGAUAUGUCCGUACUGUGAGGAGGAUACCUAUCUUGAUGAGGGGGAGGACAGCUCUGAGGUGAAGUAUGUCCAGGAUGAUAGGGGUUUUCCGGACUUGGAAACCUUUCGGGCCCAUCUCGAGUGGUAUCACACGGCCUUGCCAGUGCCGCCGAUAUCAGCACUGGCGUCGGCAUUGCCCUCGGCGGCUUCCAAUUGCAGCAUUAUGUAGCGGCGUUUGGCGUUUGGGUUCUGGAGUUUGGAGUUAGGGUGCGAAUAUUUCAGGAGGGAGUACAUACUUGACGGGGUUGGACAAUAUUACGUCCAGGUCUGGUACAUACCGAAUGCGAUCGCAUUCUACGGCCGUUGAGAGCGCCGACAGUUCUCGCCUUGAGCAUAAUGGGCUGCCCCUGAAAACCUUGAACCAUUUCCCAUGCUGUGCUGUGCAGAGUGCCUUCUUUGAAAUGUGCAUUACGGGACAGAAACAAGACCUAUAGAAAACAUGACGAUACAGACACAUACCGCUUCAGUUCCAAUCCCCAAACUCCGAUGCUGAGCGUUAUAACCAAGCAGCAGUAUGCAGCGCAACAAACAGCCUCCACCAUGAUCCCGCAUCUUCUCCUUCAGUUAAAAGAACCUC